GACCUGUACGCUUUAUUUGAUUUGAAUUACCACCGUCUCUUUCACCUUUUGUUGAUCAUCCGACCGCGCAGCAUCCAUGCCUGCAGCUAAGCGCGCGCACUCUCCUCAAAUAUACCACGUUCAAGAUGUAAAGAAGAUUGAUUGCAGAAGAAGUUGAGAUAUACCGUAGUACUAAUUUAGCUCAACCCAUAGGCCGGCGGUAUAAUAAGUACGCAUUUUGGGACGCAUAUCAUCAUUUCUCAUUGGUCGCAUGAAGUCUUUCAUCGAGCCAUAUGUGUUACAACUCUCCAAUCAAGGGACUAGCGAACGACUAUUUCCGAAAUCCUGAAUACCUCGAUAUUUCGUUCAGAAUACAGAUUCAGCGGUUUUCAUGUGGCUUCGAAUGGAAAUACUACAACUUGAGUCUUUAAUGAUAUCUGAAUAAAUCUUCUUUGGACUUGACGUUUGGAGGCAUGACGAGUGGUUGACAUUUGAUAACGGAUAUCUUCAUCAAAGUCGUAAUUCACUCAAAUCAUUGCAACACUUCAACUCAUCUACUCGUGUCGAAACAAAUUAACUUUUGGGACAUUUUACGUCAAAAUUGAGACAAAGUCAGCGGAAAAUGCAUUGCGAAAUGACAUUUGAAGCUGUAUCGUCACUUCUUUCGCAUUAAUUUUAUAGUUACUCCCAGGAAUUACAUAUUUGAUUUCGUACAAUUUGUGCUUUCAUUGUUAGCAGUCUAAUCCUAUUUGGAAUUGAUCAGUGGUUUCUUCUGCAGAAUUAAAAGCGUAUAACCCAUUACCUCACGCGGAUUUGCUCUGGCUAGCAAUUAAUUUCACGAUUUCGUACCUCAAUGCUGGAACUAGUCAACUCAACACGUUAUGAUUAUUUGUGGACAAUCUGAUAUCAUUUCCCAAGUCUGAAUGAACAAAGGGAUAAUUUCACUUCAAGCCCAUUCUUUAGCCAAUUUCAUUGAAUUAUAUUAGUUGGAGGAACAUGAGUCAAUAUAACCUUUCACGCUUUGAUGAAUACUUUACAUGUUAUAUUGAUUUGUGAGUGAUCAAAGACCAAAAAAGUUUAGUUACAUAAUAAAUAAAAAAAACUAAAAGUGCAUAACAUCCUUACAAAAUUGAUUUAAACAAGUCUCCUCAAUAAUAUAUCAGCUUAUGUUUCAAGAUGGUUUGAUUUUUGCGGUUCGUAUUGACCUACUGUACUGUCUGGUUAACGUUGUGUUGCAGCCUGGUACAUGUUUAUACCGAACGAACAAGGAAGUAGAAAGGCGAAUGAUGAUAAUCUAAACUACAACAUGAAAUAAUUAUUGAAAACCUUCUCGACGUGGCCUUGAUUUCGAAAAGACACCCAAAACAAUUGUUUUAACGAGCACGAAAAAUAUGAGCAAUACGAUUGUUACAAUUCACUGUGGAUAACCCCACAUGCAAUUUAAUACGAAUGGAUCGUUUUGAAGUGAUAUUUGUAAUUAAUAGCGGUUUUCAGCCCUUUAAAAGCUAGAGAAACAAGCGAAGACAGGGCAUCCUAUAGUUGUGUCUUAUAAGGACAAUCGUUCCAUGAUUUUGUCGUCAUGCAUCUGCGUGGAACCCAUAGCGAUCGCUUGACUUUACUCAGAGUACUUUGUCUUGUUCCCAAGGUGACUGAACGAAAAAAAGAUUCCAUCUUUUUCCAUUUCGCAGAGGGGUAGAAAUCACAAGUCAUGAACUAUCAACCUGUACGGGUCUUUUCUUUCCAGAGAGUUGUCAUGAGUCAUGGCUAGAAUAAGAGAAUGGUUUGAUGUCAAUAUUGGGUGGGUAUAAAUACCUGGCAUUGAGUGAUUAUUGAACACUAAGGGACUGGACGUGUCAUACAUGCUGGCCAUGUAUUUGACACCAUGCUGAUCUCUAUCGUCAGACAGGUGUAACCAUAGUCUCCAAUGUGCAUGAACAUGAGACCAGAGAUGGAGCUAGUUUCUCCUAUUUUGAGAACUGUUUUACUACUUUACGCUUUUAACACGAUUGAUAAUAGUUUAGGGAUUGAGAUCAUCGUGAAGGGUUUGAGCAGCAAUUAUUUUGAAACCACCAUCGUGCCUGUGAUCGACAUCGCCGUCGAGCGUAUACAUACCAUGGUCGAGCAGGGAAAGUACAUGAACUUUUCCAUCGUGUUUCAUCAUUACAGUUAUACAUGUGAGCAUGUGUACCCGUCGCUGGGGGCAUCCCUCGCAGCCAAGUAUUACCACACCAAAAAAGUGGCCGCCUUCAUGGGGCCAACUUGCAACUCUGCCAUGGAAAACGUGGCCAUUUUGUGUGCCGCAUGGAACUUACCGGUCCUCUCGGGCAUGUCGCCUGGUUUCAUGCUUGGGGAUAAGGACAAAUUUCACACUCUGACGCGUACAUCCUCGCUGGCCGAACACUUCGCGAGAGCUGUGGAAGCCGCCAUGCACUACUUCAACUGGCACAUGAUCAUCUGGAUCAACCAAUCAGAAGAAGGCUACUUCGGAGCUAUUACAGAAGGGCUCAGGGAUCAUCAUGCCGAGCUGUUCAAGGAAGGUUUUGAUUUUGUGGAAAUUAAAAGUUGGGAGUUUGAUGACACAAAAGACAUUCUAGUACAUGCUAUGACCAAGGGAAGGGUUCUCUUCUUGGCAGUCGACGGAGACACGUUACGUUCUAUCAUGCUGAAUGCCUAUGACCUAGACCUCCUCAACGGAGACUACGCCUUCAUCAACAUCAUCCCAUUCCGUGACAUCGACAUCUUCGGUAAUGAUUCCUGGGAAAGGGGAGACGGCCGCGACGAUCAGGCGAAGAAAGCAUACGAAGCUUUGAUGACGAUCAGGGUAUUUGAACCAACCUCGUCUGUUUACAAGGAUUUUGAGAACGAGGUUAUUUUGAGAAGAGAGAUGAACUAUAAUAUCACGAUGGAUCAUGACAGAAGCUCGCAUAUUUUUCUAGCUUCAGCUUUCUACGAUAUUAUGAUCCUGUACUCAUUAGCUAUCAAUGAAACAUUAGCGGAAGGAGGUGAUGUCUACGAUGGACAUGCUGUGACAAAUAGGAUGUGGAAUAGAACAUUCGAAGGACUGUAUGGACAGGUAGUGAUCAAUGAGAAUGGUGAUCGUGAUUCUGAAUACACUCUAUGGGACAUGACUGAUACAGAAAACGGUACAUUUGAGAUUGUUGGGAACUUUUACGUGGCCGCUAGUGGGCUCCGCUACACCCCUACUAAAAACAGAUCGAUUGUAUGGCCUGGUGAAGCUACGUCGCCACCAUUGGACAGUCCUUUAUGUGGAUUCUUCAAUGAAAAUCCCGAUUGUGACGAGAAAGGUAUCUCGUCAUUAGUGAUAGCUGGAUUCACAGGCCUGUCUAUUGUUCUGAUCGGGACUCUUAUAAUCUUCCUCGUGUACAGGAAGAUCAAGAAGGACACUGAAAUUCUUCGCAUGUCGUGGAAGAUCUCUUGGCUUGACCUAAUCUUUCCAGAACAAACCAAGUCGGGAAAUUCACGAUUUUCAGGCUCAUUUGUAAGCUGUCUUAGCGAGAGAGGUGGCGUUGUGAAUAAUCCCAAGUCUCAGGUCUUCGCUACCAUUGCACAUUACAAGGGUCGAUUGGUGAUGGUUAAACGAAUAGAGAAGACGAAGGUUGAUCUAACCCGUGCAGAAUUGAAGGACUUCAAUAACAUGCGGCAGGUCGAACACAACAAUCUAGCCCGAUUUGUGGGAGCCUGCCUGGAUAUCCCCAACGUUUGUGUCGUCAUAGAGUACUGUCCUAAGGGGAGCUUGCAGGACAUUUUGGGAAACGAUAGUUUGAAGUUGGAUGCCAUGUUCAAGGACUCACUCAUCAUAGACAUCAUUCGGGGUCUUCAUUACCUACACAACAGUGUGAUAGGAGUCCACGGACGGCUUACAUCAUCCAACUGCGUGGUGGACAGUCGUUUUGUUCUCAAGCUUACAGACUUUGGGCUUCGAAGGUUUCAAAAAUCGGAUUGCAUUACGCAUGAUGAUGAUGCUAUGAUAGAGAGACAAAAACUGUUAUGGAAGGCACCUGAGGGGGUAAAUGAUCCUGCUGCUGAACCAACACAAGAGGGCGAUAUUUACAGCGUUGGCAUCAUUUUGCAGGAGAUAGUGACACGGAACCCGCCGUACGAAGAAGUUCGGCAGAUUAUGGACAUCGAAGACAUCCUGAUGAAGAUCAAGGAGAAAAGAGAUCCUCCUUUCAGACCAAAGGUGGCGCCAAACUCAUGCCGUCCAGAGAUCCAUGCCGUGAUGACGUCAUGCUGGGAGCAGCAACCAGAGCUGAGGCCAUCCACCGCUUCGCUUCUACAUAGCAUGAAGAAACUCAACAAGAACGUUUCUGGAGGCAGCAUCUUGGACAAUCUCUUGAGUCGGAUGGAACAGUAUGCAACGAACCUUGAGGCUUUGGUGGAGGAAAGGACAGCGGCGUUCCUGGAGGAAAAGAAGAGAUCUGAAACUCUGCUCUAUGAGGUUCUUCCUAGAUCUGUAGCAGAACAGCUGAAACGAGGAGAAGCAGUCAACCCCACAUCUUAUGACAGUACGACUAUCUACUUCAGUGAUAUAGUAGGAUUUACUACACUCUCAGCAGAUAGCACGCCCAUGCAGGUGGUAACCCUUCUCAACGAUUUGUAUACAUGCUUUGAUGAGAUCAUUGGCAAUUAUGAUGUUUAUAAGGUGGAGACUAUAGGUGAUGCAUACAUGGUGGUCUCGGGUCUACCUAUUGGUAACGGUAAUCUACAUGCCAGAGAGAUUUCUGCCAUGUCCUUAGCUCUCAUAAAAGAGGUUUCCACCUUCAGGAUCAGUCAUAGACCAGAAGAAAAACUCAAGCUUAGAGUAGGCAUUCACUCAGGGCCUUGCGUUGCUGGUGUUGUUGGAUUGAAGAUGCCUCGCUAUUGUCUGUUUGGAGACACCGUCAACACCGCCUCGAGAAUGGAAUCUACCGGUGAAGCAAUGAAGAUUCACCUAAGCGAAAAAACCAAACUUAUCCUCGAAGAGUUCCAGUGUUUUCAGACUAUACUCAGGGGCAGAGUCGAGCUCAAGGGUAAAGGAUCUUAUCUCACCUACUGGCUUCUCUCUAUGGAUGUAUAACAUUGACUACUCACAUAGCCUACGACCACAUGGCCUUUCAUAAACUUAUUGGAGCACGUUUAAUUUUUUUCACAAAUGGCGUUCCCACCGCCAUACGGACAACGCAUUGGAGGAUAUUUUGCUGUCCAUACUGUAUCAGUGCUCAUGCAGUGUUCACACCGCCGCGCCCAAGCAGCAUUCACACCGCCGCGCCGGACAGAUAGCGAGUUUGGAAGAUAUACUGCAGUCCAUGUCAUGUCUAACUUUAGACAUACGAACUGUGCACUUAAGAUGUUGUUGCUGUCCAUACGAUAUGAGAGCACACACAGCGUUCACAUCGCCGUAUGAACAUCGCAUUGAGAGGAUAUUUCGAUGUUUGUACGAUGUUAACCUAGUAACGCCUUAUUGCUACCCAUUCAAUACCAACGUUUACAUCGUACAGACUUCUAAACGCUAUCAAUGAAGCCUAUUUUGAAAACACGACACAGCCUUAAAUUCGCAAAAUUAUUGUUUGUUUAUAAGGAAAGUGUGAAUAUUCCUAUUACAUUUUCUAUCAGAGCAACGCGUCUCUAAUAUUUUCAAACUUUUCAGGUUAGUCUCUAUUUAAAAUUGUUGCAAAAAAUAAGUACGAAUGGUGUGUACAGGGAAAUGGAAAUAAUGUGCAAAAUUUCGCUAACAUUCAUUGAGUAUUCAGGCAACGAAGUUCGAGGCAGUAUUCAUGUACAUUUACGUGCCAUCACAAUAAAAGUAUAAUAGUGGUCAAGUCACAGGCUUCUGUUUAACUCUUUGUCCAAUACGUUACCACAUUAUGAUGGAUGGUGAACGGAAAGCCUAAUGUCGAAAUUAUUACUUUGUUUCGUCUUAUCCAAGCUCUAACAAGGCUGUCAACUUCAAAUUAUCGUCAGAUGUACUCAAAUAUUUCAAAUGAUCGGUGAUGAAUAAGACCCCCCCCCCCCCCAAAAAAAAAAAAAAAAAAAAAAAUCCCAUUUAAAAGACAUCAAUAGCUUUCUUGACUGCCUCAGUAAAAAUCACGUUCAUUAUUUAACAUUACAUGUAGAUUGUAAUGUUUACAUAAUUAUUUCACAAGGCUACUGAAAUUUCUACAGGUUUCGUUCUUAUUUUUGUAUUCAUCCGAUGAUAUACGAGGGUAAACAUGUUUAUUUCGACUGGGUGAAUAUUAGUUGGAUUGGAAAACAAAAAUAAAUGAAAAAUGAAUUUAUUUCACCACGUUAAUUAAAACACACAUACUUAAAGUGCGAAGAUUAUCAAAUCAAUAAUUGAUUGUCUUGGAAAGGGAAGUCUAGACAUAAGAGUCCAAGCACUGAAAUUAUAGCACUGCCGCAAAAUCUCUUUGGGAUGCCUGGUGACCCCCAACUUUUUUUUAAUAUCUCGUGUCAGCUGUAGCAAUAUGGUCCCGUAUCUCACUGCGUUGUUGGUAGCUGUUGGUUAUCGCAUCGAGUCCUCUAGUCCUCUGUUUGCGAAGCGGAGUUUAGGUAUUGGGUGAUGUACCGUUAGCAAGUUGACCAUGAGAUGGAGCUUUUCAAACAGUUUUUUAAACAUUACGUUAGGGCAGAAAGUUUUUCUGUUCAGUAUCGCUUUAAAUAUUGGCUACAACUUUAAGAAUAUUAAACAUUACAAUUUGAGAUUUGUUAAUGAUGUCGUUACAAUAAAAAAUGAUAGACGUAUAGAUCAUCAAACAAUUAAUUUUUUUCCUAAGACAAUCCUUACAAUAAUGGUAAGAAUCAUUUAAGAAUUCUUCACUUUAUUUAAACGACUUUGAUAAAGUUAAACGGUUUCUUCGAAUCUUUUUUGUUCAUAGUGCGAUCAUAAUAAAAUUAUAUCAACAUUACUGUUCAAUGAAUGUGAGUUUUUUAAGAGGCCUAUCCGAUAUUUUUAUUUUCAAGUGAAAACAAAUACUUAAUUAUUCUUAUUAGCAGUACUGUCAACAGUUUGUAUGGCUGUAUGAUGUCAACUGGAAGCCCAUUAUCAUAAGGUUUAGAAGGGGAAAAUGUCUUCUCCUUUCUAAGGGCCCGUUACUCAUACCACGGCAAUUAUUCUUUUCUUUCUCUGCCCACGACACUGUAAAGCAGCCCGCGGAAGGAAGACCGGUAUUUAAAAUAAUUAAGAGACGUAGUUUAAACUUUUAAAUUAAAUGGCAAGCUAUUAAUUGUUCGAUUCUAUUUUUUGUAUUGCUUUAAAGUGUCUCUAUCUCCGUACCCCCCUCUCUCUCUCUCUCUCUCUCUCUCUGUGUCUCUUGCAUCACUUUUUAAUAGUGUUUUUCUCUCUUAUUCCAUUCUAUUCAAAUGUUCAUAUCUAUAUAAAUUAUCAUCAUUUCGGGCGAUCUCACUACUAUUUCCCACGUGUCUAGCAAAUGUACAUUAUAUUUGACACCAUAAAUUACUGAUGUUUUAAUGGACUAUACACGUAGACUAAAUCGUGUUGCAAGAAUUAACUUUGCAAUAUAAGUGUCGUAUCCGUGCAAUACUAUUCUAUAACUGCCAACAUAAUACUGUGCAGGGGUUAUUUUUAAUUUGAUUGAAUAUAUCUAUAUACUGUUAUAUAAUAGCUUAAAUUUUUAUGAGGUAUACCUGGUUGUCUAUUAUUUUAUAUUUGUGUAAUAUUUUUAAACUUUCUAGAUUGUUGCCUUGAUGGAAACAAAUGGUGCCAUGCCCUAGUUGUAAACUUUUUUAUACAAAAUUGAUAUGGAAUAUUUAAACAUGUUUUAUAAAUUCAUGACUAGAAAUCUUGGAUGUGAAACUUUUUUACAUUGUGGAACCUUGUCGAUUUCAGUUCUUCAUUUUAGAAAGCAAAUUCUGUUUAAUUUGUUAACAACUUUACACACAUAUUUUUUUUCUUUUUCAGAAUGACUGUCCCACCCUGUGUUUGUAUAAAGCAGUGUGAGGUUAUUUGUGAAGUAUUUCAAACUUUUAUUUGAACAAAUUAGCACCCGCCUCAGUGCUGUCUCGCAGCUAACAUUGCACUGUGUUGUCAUCCAUAGCAAUUUUUGUGUAGUUAUAUGUGCAAUGUAUACCAAUAGUAACUAUAUAAGCAUUUUAAAUAUAAACUGUGAAUCAACAAACAGAAUCGAGCAAAAGCAGUACAACUUCAUGAAAGUAUAUAAUGUUAGUCCCUUAACUUGAUAAAACAAUUGUUUAUUUUGUAUCUUUUACAUUUGUGUUCAAUUGACUGUCUUAUAUUGUUACCUGCCUUUGAAUGUAAUAAAUCAGACGUGAAAAAGGGUGCACCAAAUCAAA